UGGUGUGAAACAACAGCUCCGACUCACUUUCCAAACCCUCUAAUAGCCAGGCUUCCAGCCAGACAGUGCCUAUGAGCAGCACAGGCCUCCACCCGGCCAUCAGUCCACGCUGGUGCCCAGCACCCAUGGAGCUCAGGCUGCUCCUCCUGCUCCUUGGGCUCUGCUCAGCUGGCCUUGUCCUGGGCUCUGAACAUGAGACCCGUCUGGUGGCAAAGCUAUUUGAAAACUACAACAGCGUCGUACGGCCAGUGGAAGAUCACCGCCAGGCUGUGGAGGUCACCGUGGGCCUGCAGCUGAUACAGCUCAUCAAUGUGGAUGAAGUAAAUCAGAUUGUAACAACCAAUGUUCGACUGAAACAGCAAUGGGUGGAUUAUAACCUAAAAUGGAAUCCAGACGACUAUGGCGGCCUGAAAAAGAUUCACAUUCCCUCAGAAAAGAUCUGGCGCCCAGACCUAGUUCUCUAUAACAAUGCAGACGGUGACUUCGCCAUCGUCAAGUUAACGAAAGUGCUCCUGGACCACACAGGCCACAUCACGUGGACUCCGCCAGCCAUCUUUAAAAGCUACUGCGAGAUCAUCGUCACCCACUUUCCCUUUGACGAGCAGAACUGCAGCAUGAAAUUGGGCACCUGGACUUACGAUGGCUCCGUGGUGGCCAUCAACCCGGAAAGCGACCAGCCAGACCUGAGCAGAUUCAUGGAGAGUGGGGAGUGGGUGAUCAAGGAGUCCCGGGGCUGGAAGCACUGGGUGUUCUAUGCGUGCUGCCCCUCCACGCCCUACCUAGACAUCACCUACCACUUCGUCAUGCAGCGCCUGCCCCUGUACUUCAUCGUCAACGUCAUCAUUCCCUGCCUGCUCUUCUCCUUCCUGACCGGCCUGGUGUUCUACCUGCCCACAGACUCAGGAGAGAAGAUGACUCUGAGCAUCUCUGUCCUGCUCUCCUUAACUGUGUUCCUUCUGGUCAUUGUGGAGCUGAUCCCUUCCACCUCCAGUGCUGUGCCAUUGAUUGGCAAAUACAUGCUUUUCACCAUGGUGUUUGUCAUCGCAUCCAUCAUCAUCACUGUCAUUGUCAUCAACACACACCACCGCUCCCCCAGCACCCACGUCAUGCCAGAGUGGGUGCGGAAGGUUUUUAUUGACACUAUCCCAAAUGUCAUGUUCUUCUCCACAAUGAAAAGACCAUCCAGAGAAAAACAGGACAAAAAGAUUUUCACAGAAGACAUUGAUAUUUCUGACAUUUCUGGGAAGCCGGGGCCUCCACCAAUGGGCUUCCACUCUCCCCUAAUCAAACAUCCCGAGGUGAAAAGUGCCAUUGAGGGAGUCAAGUACAUCGCAGAGACCAUGAAGUCAGACCAGGAGUCCAAUAACGCCGCUGAGGAUUGGAAAUAUGUUGCAAUGGUGAUGGAUCACAUUCUCCUUGGGGUCUUCAUGCUCGUCUGUAUCAUCGGAACCCUGGCUGUGUUUGCAGGUCGGCUCAUUGAAUUAAACCAGCAAGGAUGAGCAGAAAGCUGAGCCGAGCCUGCCUCUGCCCCAGCACUAGGCAGGACACAGCAAGGCAGGGAAGACAGGCAGAUUUGUCUGCUUGGAUACAAGCUCACUGAUCAAACAUUUAGUUUCCUGUAUUUAUGAUUAAUAAUAAUGAUUCAUAUUUACCUAAGGAUGUAACUUCAAAGUGUUUUCAUAUUGCUUCUCCCUUCCAUCCUGCUCUGUCUGUCCGAAGAGUGAACCCUUUCAGCAAAUGAAAUGGGACCACUACAAAAAAGUAUUCAUUUCCAGUGGCAUCUGGAACAGUGUUACCCAGAAUAACUGGAGUUUUCUAUUGGUUUGUUUUUAACUUUUCUGUGAGCAAAGAAUAUAUCUUUUGUUUAAAAUCCAGUUUUGUACCUAGUAGGCAAGGCCCUUACAACAGUCCCAAAAAGAUAAAGCAUUUGACUUGGAGAAAAAGAAAGCAAUGGAAAGGCAACAGUUAAGUUCCUAAAUGGCCACCAAACUGAAAACUGCAUCAAAACCCAUGUUUUCAAGUAGAUUCCUAGAACUGGGAAGUGAUGGAACGGUUUCCCAGUCUAACAUAGCACCUGAAUUUGAUGUUCAGCAUUUGAGGGAAAACAGGUCCUAACCUGUAUUAAGGGUGAGUGCCAAGCCCUGUGGGAAUCAUCUCACGUACAGUUUUAUUUCACCCCUUAACUCUCAUUAUGCCCUAUUUUAAAAAUGAGGAAACUGAACUUGAGGUGGGUUGCUAAUCUUGCUAGUGUGUUCAUUGCCCAGCCUUGCAAGUACAAGAACUGAGGGUUGAAGCCAGAACAAACUUGGGUUCAAAGCAGCUCCAGGCUGGGUCAGUUUACCAGCCCACUUGCUCUCCCAGCACCCCGGCUCCUCUAGGUCAUUCUGUAACUCUGACCAGUGCUUCCGAGGCAUCCGUCUUUGUGUCAGCCAUCUUUCUGUCUGCUCUUUUUUCCCCUGAUCCUUAUCCUGGUCAUGUGUGGGGGUUCCAGUUCUAUCAAUGAAACCAGAAAUGUGUGCACAUAACAUCACUCUUUCUAAAAUUCUGGACAAGCGAAUAGGAGAGAAAAUUAUUUUUCUCCAUAGCCACCUUCCACCACAAUGUAGUUCACCCCAGAACUGGAAAAUGUGCAGCCCUGGGCUCAGUAAUGGCCAUCAGAGCAUGUCCAGCUAACACCAGUACUGGGGGAGAGCCCUGAAUGCACAGCCAGGUGGCCUGUCUGAACCCCGGGGGUUUCAAUUUAUUUCUCUGUGGGAUUCCCUAUCACACACAUGGGAGGACUGAGUGCCUUUGUUUUAGAGUAAACUAAAGGGUAAAAGUUUGGUGGUUCCUUAAAAAACAAGCAUAGAAUUUUCAUAUGAUUCAGCAAUUCCACUGCUAGAUAUAUUCCCAAAAGAAGUGAAAGGGACUUGACCAGAUACUUAUAGGCCAUUGUGCAUGGCAGCGUUAUUCACAAUGGCCGGAAGGUGGAAACAAGGGAAACAACCCAAAUGUCCCUCAAAGGAAAAGCAAAAUGUGGCAUAUACUUACAAUGGAAUAUACUUACAAUUCAGCCUUCAAAAGGAAUGAAAUUCCUCUAUGUGUUACAAUGUGGAUCAACCUUAGAAACAUGGUAGGUGAAAUAAACCAGACACAAAAGGACAAAUAUUGUAUGAUUCCACUUACAUGACGUACCUAGAGUAGACCAAUUCAUAGAAACAGAAAGUAGAAUAGUUAUCAGGGUUUGGGGGGAGGGGGAGUAACUGCCUAAUGGGUAGAGGUUCAGGUUGGGAUGAUAGAAAAGUCUGGAAAUGGAUGGUGGUGAUGGUUUCACAACAUUGUGAAUGUACUUAAUGCCACUAAGUUGUUCACUUAAAAAUGGUUAAGAUGGUACCUUACUAUGUGCUGACGGACAGUGACUGCAAUGGGGCAGGGGCGGGGGACUCACUGAUAUGGGUAAAUUAGUAACCACAAGUUGCUCAUGUGAAACCUUCAUGAGACUGUGUAUCAUGAUACCUUAAUAAAAAAAUGGUUAAGAUGGUAAAUUUUAUGUUAUGUGUAUUUCACAAUUAAAAGUCAAAUAAAGAAGGAAAACAAUGUCAAAAAAUG